GAUUACUCAUGCCUGGGUGUCCAUCGGCAGCAGUGGAUUUCUGACAUGCUUCUCUUCGCUCGUCUUUACUUCAGUGUUUAACAUGAUCUCCUCCUCACUUAGCCUCUCAGAAAUUCAACACAGGAUAGAUGAAGUGAAGCGGUUUCUGUCUGUGACUCUCAGCAUCGCUAACGCGCACACUGUGGAGUUUUACACUCAUGGUGUGUGGGAGCGGUUUGUGGCCGUGUCACCUCAGGAAGUUCUGUCAACCAUCAGCUCCGACAGUGACCAGCAGAGGGAGCUAGAGCACUGCGCGAAAGGUGAGUAUGAUUGCUUUUUUAGGAUCAGACAACAGUGAUGGAUUUUAAACAUAAUACUGGGGUGAUAUUUUUAUUUACCCAUCCGAGACUGAAUAGACUCUCAUACUUUCAAAUCACUCCUAUAAACACACCUUUUAAAUGGGCAACCUCUGACCCUCUUAUAAUAUUUAUAUCACUACCUACUAGUCAACCUAAACUACUCAUCAUCCUCAUAAUUACUAAAGAGAUUUAUCAUUAGCAUCAACUGCCAGUUUUGGUUUGUUGAUGCAUUGUUGAAGAAUUUCUGUUCUCUCUUUUGGAACAAUUUCUGUAAGUAUUUGACAUUUUCAUCAAGAUACACAGUACUUUUGUAGUCAUACCUCCAAGUAAUUUUCAACAGUAUUUAUUAUUAUUCCAGGCUUUAAGAAAUCCAAUCUGUAUAUGGUUCAGGUUCUUUGGAGCAUCAGUAGCAUUGUACUUGUUCUUUUUGAGAUUUUCUCCCUUUUUCCUCCCAAAACAGAAAAAUCAAAGACCACAUUUGGGUUUUGCAGUGACACAAACCGACUUGUUGAUACCCAUGAACUGCUGGAGGCGGCCAAGUCUCACUCUCUCCCCGGCCUUGGAGUCUGUAUGAGCAGAGAUGAGCUACUGCGGGCCCUUGGAGAGAGGGGGGUGGAGAGAGGUAGGAAAAAACAGAUGAGAGAGGAGGGGACCAGUCAAGAAUUGACUAUCAUAGUCCUGAUGAAUAUCUUUUGUGGCGUUUUUUUUCCCUGGUCUGUGUAAUCCAGGAGCUGAGCUGGAGCCAGAUGAGUUUAUGAACUCCAAGAAAUCUCAUGAGGUGCAGUCCAUGUCAGAGGUGGUGGCCUGUUUGGCCCGGCGCUGUGGAGUCAAACAGGUAGAGGGAAAAUUCAAACUUAGAACCCACACAGAGGGUUGUCGUGUCCAAGAGUUUGAUUUAUCCCCUCUGUUUGUCUCCCGACCCAGGUGAUAGACGUUGGCUCUGGGAAGGGCUACCUGAGCUCCUUCUUGUCUCUGCAGUACGGCCUCCAGGUCUACGGCAUCGACUCCUCCAGCACCAACACCCACGGAGCUCAGGAGAGGAACAGGAAGUUAAAAAAGUUCUCCAGGGCGUACCAGAAAAGCUCAAAGGCCGCGAGGGUGCAGGGAGAGGCCUCACAUUCACCUCAGGAGGAAGUAGUAGAAAUGAAAAGAGACGAUGAAGCUGGGACUGUGGCUAAAGAGGAAGAGGAGGAGGAGGAGGAGGUAAUUGGCUUUCCAGACAUGACUUCUGCAGUGGAGAGGCCGUCAGAGCCACACCCAGAAACAGACGAGCUCUUCCUUUCUGCCCUCUCAGUGGAUGUAGUCCAGACUACACCUCCCAGAGUUCCCCCCAGCCAACUGAGUGCCGAGGAGAGGGAGAGGAGGAAGAGGGAGAACCUGGAGAGGAAGGCCAAAAACAGAAGUCAAAGCACAAGCACCAUGUUUUCCCCGCUCACAUCGUAUGUCACAGCCGAAACGGAACUACGAGAGCUCAUCAAUGAGCUGGAGGUGAGAAAAUACAAGAGUUAGACUUACAGCUGUUGAGCGAAGUUUUAUGGGAGAUUUUAGACCAUUUCUUUGAUUUUUGAAGCCCUCGAAUGGCAGAUCAGCAUCAGAGAGUUGAAGGGGAUUUUAGUGCCCGCCCUCCACAGCCUGGUAUUCACUGAUCGUACAUGGACAGUGGAUCAGAAAUAAGCUGCACCAACUCAUCGCUGAUGAAACACCUCACUCUGUAAGUUCACACUAAAAAGACCGCAGAAAGACCAUGCAAUAGUUCAACAUUAACUGGACGUUGACGUCUACAAAGGUUUUAAGUGACCUAUUAGUGGUAGCCAUAACAGAGCUGUCAGGAAGUGAUAGGAAACAAUUGUCAAUUGGUUCUCAUAUUUACUUUUUGGCAAAGAUUGCAAUUUUCUACUGCACACCACAGACUUUUUUUAAUAAACUUUAACCUUUUUUACCUUCCUCCUGUGUUAGCUUUUACUACGCACCCACCAUGUUAAGGGUCGGUUUCGACCUGUGUCUUAAAUCAGCUGUAAAUUACAGUAAAAACAUUUCUCUAUCAUCUAAUUUGGUUCUCAUCUCUAGGUUAGCUUGUUAGGCUUCAUUAUCCAAGAAAACAUUGCUUAGAAUAUUUUUUCUUAGUCAGUAUACCCUCACGCAGACAUCUAUACUGAAUUGAUCUCACAUGUCUUGACAUGCAUUGUUUUUUGUGCAGAGAAAAACACGGCAAAAUGAGAAUUUCCUAAAUCUCACAUGAUUGGAAGAGGAUCUGUUAGUGUGGUGCCUUACAGUGCACUAAUGAUUUCAGUUUUUGCUCCAAUUAUUAGAUAUUAAUCCAACUGGGUCAACAGUGACUCUAACACCACAAAGUGCCAUAUUUUUAAUAUGAGUAUUUUAUAAUUUAGUCAAUUUAAUUUUUUAAUUUUAUUUUGUUCAAAUAGAGGUUCCUGACAAAGUCAAAAAGCUAAUUUAAGUGGUUCUUUUAAGCAUUUAAAAAACAAAAACAGGUCGGUGCAGACCCUGUAGUGAUACCAUAGGACUAUCAUUCAUACAGUUAGUCUGAGAAGUUAGCACAAUUUUGGACCCAUGUGCAAAGUUUGGUUUUAUCGUAGGAAGGUGGAGAAUCAAACUCCCCUGCUUUUUAUUGGAGGUGGCAGCAGACAGUAUUCAACCAAAACUAAUAAAAGCCAAAAAGUAAUAACCAAAACCAAAUACUAAUAUGAGAAAAAUGACAUUUGUAGAAACCAGAGGGAUAUACUGUUUGUUUAGGAAGCAUGGGAGGUGCAGAAAUGAGGCUAGCUGUACGGCUUUCCCACAGCAGCUCCUGAGAUUAAAAAUCUGCCACAGCGCCUGGAGUUUGCAUUACUGGAGCAAGUGUGGGAUGUUACUGUGGUGCCAAAUGUGCAGCGCGUCAUCAUCAAUAAAUUUUGCCAUCGAUCUCCACCCCUCCGCUUCACUUACCCUCCUCUUUUCUUCUCUUCUUCUUUCUCUCGCGUGCUUUCUCCAAAUUCCAGGAUGCGGUCAUGGUCGGCCUGCACACGUGUGGCGACUUGGCUCCCAGCACCCUGAGGAUGUUUGUGGCGAAAGCCGAGCUGGCCGCAGUCUGCAGUGUGGGCUGCUGCUAUCACCUGCUGUCUGAGGAGUUUGAUCCUGCCAGACAGGGUAACCACACAAACACAGACUCACACACACAUACACUCAUAGUGGCAGUAACACUCGUAUUCACACAGGCCAGAAUAGAUUAGUGUGUCUGUCUGUGUCUGUGUCUGUGUGUGUCGUCCUCUGAUGGAACAGUCUCAACACAGAAACUCUUUUUGGUCUUUGUGGGAACUCUUUUCUGAGUUAGAGUCCCUUAAUUCUGACUCGGACACCUGCAGCCUUUCAUCACUUUGAUCCAGUUUGAAUAAAAAAAUCAUCCUCUCACAUGGGGCUGAAUGAUUUAUCACACUUGAAUAGCGAUCAAGACUUUGGUCAGCGAUCAAGACUUUGGUCGUCCGUAGAAUGAAAAAAAUGCAACUGACUGUGAUUUUGAUGUUUAAACCUCAUGCUCUUCUUCCCAUAGAAAUUUCCACUGUCUAUUAAAAAAGGCAGCAGCUUAACUGACAGCGACCUCUGCAGUAGGGCUGCACGAUAUAUCAUUUGAGCAUCGUCAUCAUGAUGUGCGACAGUCACAACGCAGAGCCUGAGAUGUAGGAGGCAAUGAACUCAUCGUAUUUGAAGGGUAGCUGACCGAGAUCCACUGCAUGUGACUCUGCAUGUGCUGUGCAGUGAUCCACCAAUCACAUUUGUUCCUUACUCAGUUGCCAAUCAGACUAACCUGCCAGCUGUCAAUCAAAAUCAGAGAGGAGGAAACCACGCCCCUGCACAUGGAGUGAGUCGGUGUCACUGCCGAUGUUGAGUCAAGAAAUGUAUGCCCACUGAGAAUUACUUUCAGGACAUUUCUCAUCACUGUUUAGCCCAACAAAUAAGUAUUGUAUGGGUUCUAAGUUGUACAUUUCCGUGGACCACUAUACUAUAAAUGGUGUGUGUUUUGCGAGGUGCAUGCAAUUCUCGGUGGGCAUGCGUUCCUCUGCAAAACACCAGUAAUAACGACAACGAUUGAAAAAUGAGCAACGAACAAGAGAAAACCACUGAAAAUGAAGACUUGUUGCCAAAAAGAAAAGGAAAGUCAGUUUUCUGGAAUUAUGAUGGAAUUAUGGAAUUAUUUUGGUUACGGGAAGAAUGAUGAAUUAUUGGCCCAAGACAGUGAAAGAAGCAACCCAGUCUCGCCCACCCUCCACGCAAAUGCACAAAUGAAGGGAAAGUGUGAAAAGAGAGGCUUUGAAAAGGUUUUCGGUUGACCAGAAGGUUGAAUCAGCAUUUCCAAUGUGGUGGCUGCCAUCGUUUGGCUUUAAAGCGGCUCUUCAGAAACCAGUAGGAGAUAUAUGUGCUGUUGUUAUCACCACUACAAUAUCAUGUAUGACAGAAAGAACCACCUGCCCCAAAAAGCAAGAUUAUCUCAACCUUUUAAUAGAGAAAGGAAUCAAUCUGGACUAGUUUGUGGUAUCUACUCUAGGCUUUUGGUUCAACCAAGCGUCCACACUGAAGAGAUUACCUCCUUUCACCACCAGAUUGGGGGUAAAUUCAGGCCAAAAGGCAGCAAAAUAAGCUGAAAUCAUCCUCAUGUCAUGCUCCUCCACUACCCACUUCAUAAGCUAUGAAAUUUCUACAUAUGUCCUCACGCAGAAUAAAGAGCCCCUCACUGAGGUUGAUACAUUGUCGCGUCAUUUCUUGUUAACAGCUUGACCUCGCAUCUUUGCGUCACCGAGACCCUCCAUCGCUGCAGCCAAGAACAGAAAAUGAUAUCAGGACGUCUGAUUGAAAACACUCCUCUCCACGCUUGUUUCCUGAACUCAGGCUUAAAUAAGUGAGCAAAGACAUUCACGCUCACUCACAUACACACUUGCACUCCUUUUCUGGCCUUACAGUGCAGUCUGGGAUGAGGGCCAGCUCCUGUGGUGGCCUGCCUCACCCCAAAAAGGAGCUAAAGAGCUGGAAAGCUUCAUUAUGAAACGGUGGUUGCUCUAUUAUGUGAUUACGUGAUCUGCUCAUUUAGGGGAAAUGUAUCCUCCAUAUUUAGCAUCUCAUGUGGAAUCAGACAGGAGCCCAGUCUUAAGCUGUUUCCACCUAAGAAUAACAAUCGCAAAUUUAAUGUCAGCGUCCUCACAAAAUAUCUUACAAAAACAUCUCAAAUAUUUGUCUUAAUGGGAAGCCACAUAUGAGUUCAACAGCCUUUCUAAAAUGUGGAAAAACAACCAACCAGCACCUUUGAGGCUCAAGUAAUUGUACAGUUUGUUUGUUGUAAUUGGCUAAACUUUGUGCUAGCUGGUGAGGAAGCAAGACAAGCUAGUUCAUCAUCCCAGCUCGCAAAAAAUUUUUUGUAGGAUGGUAGGGGAAGGUCCCGCCCUCCUCCGCCUCUUAUUGGGUAGAAGUGCUGGGCUGCGAUUGGUUAUUCCUUAUGGCUGUGACACGUCAUCGUCUGUCGGGUUAGAGUUAGGAUGAGGGUUAGGGGAUUUAGAAGUAGUGAUGGGCAUGGCGGUUCUUUUAGAUGUACUGAAUCACUAGAAUCAGUUCACCAAAAAGAUUUGUUCAAAAGAUUUGUUCACCAAAUCACUGAAUCAUGUAGUGCUUGGUGGGAGAAGCAUGUGACUCCGACCUCCUGAACUGAUACACAGCUGAACGUUUCAGAUUCAGUUCAAUUUAGGCAGUUUAGCAGUAAAAAAAAGGUAGUUUUGUCAGACAAAAACAAUUCCAGAGAGUGUAGUUCAAUGCGUGAUUCGUUCACUAAGUGAUUCAGGUGUCGGUGCAUGCGGUCCCUCGUUCGCUGGCUGCUCGACUGGCUAUGCUGUUUCUCACUUCAGCUCAACUGAAGUGGGAAACGAACGAAUCACUUGAGGAAGUGAUUCGGUUCAGUACGUUCACUUAAAAGAUUCAGUUCUUUUAAACGAAUCGUUCGCCAGUGACACAACACUAUUCAGAAGUGCGAUAAUGUUCUGUAAUGCUCUGUUCGAUGUACAGAGCCACCAGCUCACGUUUGGCUUGAGCGUGUGGUGAAGUUUCUAGCUUUUCUAGCCAAUCAGAGGCGAGGGAGGCGGGACUUUCCCCUACCAUCCUACAAAAAAAAUAUCACUCCCAGCUCAUCAUCUGAAGUCUUCAAUAAACUCCAAUACAUUCAGAACUCUGCUGCCCGCCUGCUCACCCGCACCAACUCCCGAGAACACAUCACCCCUGUCCUCCGAAAACUGUACUGGCUCCCCGUCUCAUACCGCAUACACUUCAAAAUCCUCCUGCUCACCCACAAAUCACUUAGCAACCUGGCCCCCACCUACCUCUCAGACCUGCUCCACCACUACACCCCCUCCCAUGCCCUCCGAUCCUCAGAGGGAAAUCUCCUUGCCCUACCCCCUCGGACCAAGCACCGAACUUGGGGGGGACAGAGCCUUCUCCACUGCCGCCCCCACCCUCUGGAAUUCACUCCCCAAACCCAUCCGAGACUGUACAGACCCCCACACUUUCAAAACACUCUUAAAAAAACACACCUUUUUAAAUUGGCUGUUAACCUGGGAACCGUUCUUUUAUAGUCUUCUCAUAUUGUGUUUUUUUUUUUUUUAACCUUUUACAUCGUUGGUUUUAUUUCUCAAAAUUUUCUGUAUUUUAAAUUGUGUUUUAAUUUAUUUUAUUGUAUUCUUUUUCUUUGUAAGGUGUCUUUGAGCGCCUGUUAAAGCGCGUUAUAAAUACAAUUCAUUAUUAUUAUUAUUAUUAUUAUUUAUUUAUUUAUCUUUUUUUAGAUAGUCUGCAGUUUUAUCAGCAGUUGAAUCGCAAAUUUUAAUAAUCAAUUUGAUUUUUAUUGGAGUACACAAAAAUUAAUUAGUUCUUAAGGGUGUGAGGCUAACUUAUGCUGUAGUUCUAUCAACUGUGAAAUCACAAAUUGUCAUUUUUACACUUAUUUUUGUGAACUCAGCAAAAAAAGUGUCAUGUUGAAUAUUUUUGAGCUUGAAAUGAGCUGAAAUGGGAGGGUUUUUUAGCUCAGUUUUACACCCCCUGAUGCCUCCUGGCUUUGGCAUCAGGUUUCACCAAGAGAAAUAAAAGUGGUGUUAAUUUUCUUAUCUUAAAAAGAGCCUUGAAGUCGAACUGGUUUUGUGGCUACUUGAGAGAACACAAUCAUGUAGCAAAUAGCUGAAACAGUCUUUCUGGUCCGGGUCGGAUGACAGAAAAUUUGUGGUUGUUUUUACUUUCCUCUUGAGCAAGUUGUUUAAGUUUCCUUGGCAAAUAUGUAAAAUUCAUGCCCUCUGAUUGCUGUUGUUUUCAAAGCCGUCAAUCAGUCAUUAUCUCCCCGUGCUUCCUCACAGAGUGCGCGCACAGUGUGUGUGGUUUCCCUCUGAGUCAGUACCUCCGCCACCAGUCCUGGUUCUGCGGCAGAAACGCCAGGAUGUCUGCGUGUUUGGUGAGUUCGGAUGACACCACGAAAAAAUGUGCAGAGCAGCGACUUUCCUGGAUAAACAUGUUAUUUUCUAUUGUAAUGGAUGGUUCUGUCUGCACACAUAGCAACAGUAAUGAGCCGACUCGAGACAGUUUUUUACUCACUGUUGGUCACGAUCGGGGCGUGCAAACAAGGAGCAAUUUGAAUAAGAGUGAAAUUGUAAUGUGAUGAAUACAACUAAAGCCAAAUUUUAAUAACACUUCACUUUUUCCCCAAAAAACAGGCACUGGAGAGAGUUUCCGUCGGCCAAGGAGUAAGUAGGCCUGCUCUCAAAUUGUAAUUAAUAUCAUGCAUUUAGUCGUCAUUGCACAAGAAUGUAACUGAAUUGCCUUUUUCCAAUCCAUCAUGACUUCAUACCAUCAAACCAAUCAAUCAAAUCGCUCCAAACCUCAAACACGGGCGUUCACUAUGGCACAAGUCUGAACUAUCUUCAUCCUUGAUCUCUUUCAUGCAAUCAAACAAUCAGCCUUUUUAAUUCUGUUGUUGUUCUCCUCAGACUUUGAUUCACUCUUGUGUAUUUAUUUGAAAAGUAGAGCUCGAGGCACCAGAGCUGAUACUCGAUACCAUCGCCAGCCAUUAAUACGGAAUGUUUUAUGAAUAUUAAUGCAAUCAAUGUGAGAUUGAUUACUUUUUGGAACCGGGGCUUGAUUGCUCUUGAGUCUUACAUGAGGCUUCGAAAGUGUCAGAAAAAUUCAUCAACUAUUCGCACAAAUGCCGAAUGACACUCUAGGGAAGUUUUUUUCUUGAAGCAAAGUUUAAUGAUGUUGAAUCGAGUUGGUUUUUUUUUUCCAGAUUCAGAUGGAGUCUUUGUUUUACCGAGCGGUUCUUCAUGUUAUUCUAAGAGAUCACUACAGCUCCUUCAAAAGGUAGAACACAGCAAUCGACAUCUGGCAUCAUUUUAUAUGACAAAUAACUGCAUGUACUGUCAACCUUGAUUUAGAUUUAUUAUAUAGAUGUGUAUUUUUUCACGGGAGCAGACAUUAGCAGUGAAGAUGGUGAAAUAACAUUUUAGAUCACAGCCACAGGUGUGUGAUGGUUGUUAUUUCUUAUUAUGGCAGCAGCAGCAGAAGUUUCACUCUAACUAUAGUGUGCCAAAAGUGAGCAGAAAAGGCUUGACUCUGAUUGGCUGCACAUUUCCACCAUGUUUGAUCUAGUAAAUAUGCUCACAGCUGAUCACCGUGAUCGAACUAAUAUUUAUCACAAUCAUUAAUCGCGAUCAUAUAAUCGCCCAGUCCUAGUGUAUUACAGUACCGCAGCUGGCCAGAAGGGGAAGCGCCAAAUGUUUUUGGUUUCACUUUUUGGAAGCUGUCACAUAAUAAUUAGUUUUGGACAGUUUAUGCUUCUAUCUUUUUUUUAACAUUUAUUUAUUCUUGUCUUUAUUUACUUUAGUUGAACAGCUGUGCCUGUGAACAGAGGUCCUCUUUCACUCACGUUUGCUUUGUCAUUCAGUCUCCAGAUACAAUUAAGUUUUAUGAUACUUUACAUCCAAGAAGGUGACUCUGUUGCACCCCUAAUGGACUUAUCAUGUUUUUUUUAAUGAGUUGUAGACAAUUUACUUGUCUUAAAGGACACCAGUCCCCCCACUGAUCUGUGACUUUCAUUUAAUGACCAACACCCGAACAACAUUGAUUACCCAUUACUCCGCUCUGAGCUGAACCGAUUUGUCACAGUUGAGUCCUGAAGAUGUGUUGAACUGUUCAAUUCUGACCACUUGGAAGUGAUCUAGAAAAUAGGAGACACCGCUAGAAUGUCAAGGGGUUCGUUUAUUUGCUUUUCUUUCUUUUGGCAGAAUUAAGACAUUCAUUGGCUGAUGUUCGUAUGUGUUUGCCCUGCAGUGAAAAGCGAGUUGGGAACGUCUACUCCAAGUCGAAAUCAUUCGUGGACUAUGUUCAUCGAGCUCUGCGCAGACUGGAUCUGGACGACUCAAAGGUCAGGGGUAAAACAUUACAUCCUUACUUUUGUAGAUUCCAGGCAUUAGGAUGUUGACGACUUCAUCGUGCGGUUACCCUGGGUAUCUAUAGCAAUGACGUAUUUCUGCCUGCGUUAUGUCACUGGCACCUCCAGAAGAAAUAAAACCUCUUUUCUUUCACUUCACAUUCACUUCAACUCCUCAUCACGACUCCCUUCGUCCAACUUUUAUUCUUUCUUGAAUCUCUCCUCCAGCUCUCCGACAGCCACAUCCAGGAGUACCACGACACUUUCAGGCCAAGAAAGGAAGAGAUGCAUGCCUUUAAUAUGGUAAGCUCUCUUUUUACUUUAACAUAACUGGUAAGCCUUUUUAUUAUCUUCAUGUUUCAUCUUGAUCCUAUACUUCCCGCCUCGACCGCCUGUUUAGGCUCCUCUUUGUGUAAAACAUUCCCAUUCUUGUAAAAUGACAUGUAUAAUGGUAAUAAAAUGCACACCAUUAAAUGAGAUCAUGAUUGUACAGAACGGGGAGAGAGAAAAAUCAGCCUCUGGUUUCAGCUGAAGCCACUAAUUGUGGUGUCAACCAAUAUAAAAAUGUUCUCUCGUGACAUAAAGCAUUAGAGGGGUUUUUGGGGAUCAGCGGCCAGCUACUAGAAAAGGCUACACUCAUGGUAGUUUUGAGUGAGCAGGUUCAGUAUUGCACUAAAGAAAUAAAGGGCUCUGUGAGGGACACUAAUGAAACGUAAAGUUAGUAAAGUGUGUUUUAAAAAAUGUUUUAUUGUCUGUAUUUUUGUGCAGUUGAAAGUGACUCUGGCUCCCUGCAUUGAAGGCCUGAUUCUCCUCGAUCGCCUCUGCUACCUCAAAGAACAGGUAAGGCAGUUUCCUUUUGCUUGAACAGCAAAAGACAAAACAGACACCUGAGAAACAAUGAAUAUCCAGGGUACAGUCUUAAGGCUAAAACAUACAGGAUGCGUAUUUCUGAGCAUGGCAGCAGCGUAGCGUAUCACGCAGCAAAUAGGUUGCCAUUCUAAUCAAUGCAGUAAGGCAUACAGGACGUGUAUCAGCUCCAUCGCAGCAUCGUAUCAAGAGCAGCACUGCUAAAGAUACGCAGCGAGUCCAAUUUUGCUGCUCUUCGCUUUCAAUGCGAGUCAAUCCACACAGAGAAGCUCGUUCUAGACCAGAGGUCAAGCUCAAAAAACGGGCAUGUCAUUUGGUAUUUCAAAAUAAAACACCAUAUGCGAACUCCCGACUCUGUAUCAGUUUGUGUAGAUGAGAAAUACUUCCUGGUUAUGGAUUUAUCAGUAACACAGAACAAUCUGAUGGUCAAUCCCUGAUCCAUGUAGACCCCAACAGGACUUUGAACUGUUUACUUGUCUGAAGGUAACAGCACCACAUAAAGGAACAUAGUUUACUUUAUUAAUUAUUGUUUUUGAAUAAUGUUAACCACUCAACAUUAGAGGAACACAAACAUGAAAUUAACCUCUGAAGGUCUCAUGACAAAUGUUUCAUGACUUCCAAGGUGUGGUGAAAUAAAAACUAUGUUUCCUGGUUUUUAUGUUAAACCAAUGAAGUUUUAUACCUAAUUAGCCAAUUUGCCCAGACAGAUUCCCUGUGGUCUCGCUCUUGAUUAUAGACUCUACUUAUGAUGUAACCUAAGUAGUUUUAGUGGAAUAACCCAAAGCAAGGCACUUAUAGGCCUAAAUCAGGCACUUAAUGCAGUUUGACAUCACAUUCCUCUCUUCAAGUUAUUUAUACUAACCUUUUCUGAUAGAAAAAAAAGUUGAUUGGUUUUUAAGUAAUAAUAGAAAUCCCUGAGAAAAGCAAUCUUUUUUUUUUUAAACAGAAUUGGUAUUCCCUGAGCAAACCUGCAAAAACCCAAACUGUAAAAUCAUGUUGCUUUUUCACAUAUAGUAGAGGCUCAACAGUCACUGAAUUAUAUCCAAAUUAGCAGGAACUAGACCACAGAAAGCAAAAACAACCUGUUGAGAGCAUGUUGUUUCCUCAAUACUGAGCCCAGCUGACCGGGGCUGCACUAUGCUGCUGCCACGCUCCAAAUACGCAUCCUGUAUGUGAUAGACAGGGCUGUUCAAUGGAGCAAAUACGGAUCCUGUAUGUUUUGGGGUUUAGACGUCAUAUAACACGCAUGUAGUCUUAGUGAUUUCAUCCACUGGUUUCUGGGGAGAUGUUAGGAAGCAAAAAAGUUGGUGGUCCACGUGUUAGAAAGGCUGACUCAACUUAACUCUCUUUGCAAGUCUAAAAACUUGCAAAGACAUGGAGCUACAGAGGCAAACAUCAAUAUCAUACUAGUUUCUCAUUCUGUUGGUUCAGAAAUAUAAAUUUAAAAAAAUAUCACAUGCAGUCCAAACAUGUAACAAGUGAUUUCCUUCAGCUAAUUAUUUUGUGUAAAUCAGCCUAAAUUAAAACACAACAAUUGUUUUAUAAUGAUACACCAAAUUCAAUUUGUAAUUAAUCAACACAGAGUGAAAACAAACAAUUUAAUCAUGCAGCUCGUUGAUUGGGACUUUAUAUUUGCCUCCCUGAUAAUGAAGGCUGGGGUUGGAAAAUCUUAUCUGAGAUCUUGAAACCUCUUUGAUUCAGACCACUGACAAUAAUACAUGUAGGUGUGGACUUAAUUAAAACCAGCCUGCAUUUGAACAUCCUGUGCCUGAAAAGCCAAAAACAACAUGCCGAUCUGCAGUCUGAGUCAGUGUGAUGAGAUAUGAACAAACCAAAGCUUUGAAGCUAUGAUUACAUGCAGAGCUGUGUGUCUGAUAGACUUCCUUGUGAUAGAGACGUGUAAUCAAACGGGGGAACGACAAAAGCUCUGGUCAGCUUUCGGAGAUCUCGCUCGAGGAGGAGAAGAGGAGUGAUAGACGGAUGUGAAUUUGAUCCACAUGAUGAUAAGCGUGCUGAAGCAUGUUGAGCUUAAAAGAAGGAAACACAGAAAGAGGUUUACAACGAUCUGAGCAGCAGCUUUAAAAUCACAGAAAAUCACACUGUAGAGCUUACUGGAAUUUCAGGAGUUAUCAGGAGUUCGAUCUAUCAAACAAAAGAUACACAGACUUAAAAGAACAAAGUAUUGGUAAUCACAUUUUUAAACUUUUUAAAGACUUUCACGGUUCUCAGAAAUUAAAUCCCGCAGAAUCCGUGAUCCUCUGACUCUCCAGCCUGUGCCACCAUGAGCCCGACAGUUGCUGUUUUUAGUAAACUUCUUCAACAGCAUGUAGGGAUUCUUACUUUUUGGAAUAACAUUCAUGGUUCCCAGAUGAUGAAUAAACAGAUUUGUGGUGAAUUUUGGUACAUUUCGAAGAACUCAGACACUAAAUGAAAUUUGUGUUUGAUUCAUGACCAAACUCCUCUACCUUGCAUCCAGAGUUCAAGAUGUGAAUGAUAUCUGUCAGCUGCAAAAUUGUCUAGUUGUAGAAGUCACAUCCAAACAAAGAUAGUUUAGCCAGGGAUAUACGGACUACAGCGGGGUGACACAGCUCAAGGAAGAACAUUUAUGAUCAUUUCUUUGUCAUUUCCUUGAAUUAAUAAUCAUAUUAAUCUUUUUGCACUGCAGACACGGUAGUUCUUCUGCCUUAGCGUCUCGGUCUGAUUGCAUUUACAUGAAGAAAUAAUUAUAAAUGUUCCUCCGUGAGCUGUGUCACCCCACAGCAGUCUGUAAUGAAUUGGCCCAAGGUCUCACUACAAACAAGCAGCUGCUGGAAGAGAGGAGGUUAGUUGUGUUUAGUCUCUUUGUUAAAGAAAUUAGGCAAAGUUAUACAGAUGUUUGUUGGCUAGUGCUGUGGCUGGGACCUUUUAUGUACUGUUGAUGAAGUUAGGUGCUGUUUUGAGCAUUAUUUGUGGCGUUUUGUUUGAGGUUUGAGUGUGGCUCCUCAGACCGCUGUGUAUUGCUAUCGUGCGGUCAUUACUAAAGUUGGUAUAACUAGAGAAGCAAGCGGUCGGCAACAUUCAUCUCUCAAGGGGGUGUCCAACUUGGUGUUACAGUGUGUUUGACCCUAAAAUAAUUUUAUGCUGGAAUAUCCCUUUAAGCUGUUUAAGGUCUUGUAUUGUUGUAUCUUUUUUUUAAAUAUUGAAUGUGAGGUUGUCUCGUUCUUCUUUAUUCUAUAAUAUGUAAAAAAAACAAAAAACAGUCUUUCUAACUUACUCAAAAACAGCCUUUGAAUGGUCGUCAAGGCUGACUAAGAGGACUCCACCUGAUCAAAUAUUUGCACAGAUGCAUCUCCACUGGGGGAUCAUCUAGAAGAUAAAACUGCAAUAGCUCGAACAUUAUAAGGAAGAGGGGUCACAAAGAUUCUUAUCUCCAUGUGUUUUACAUCCAUGUGUUUAUUAUGAUGUAAUGUGUUUUUGUGUGUGUGUGUGUGUGUGUGUCCUUGUGUCAUGUAGGAGGAUUUAUCAUUCUCAGCACUGGUGCAGCUUUUCGAUCCCGUGCUGUCACCAAGAUGUUACGCUGUCGUUGGGCUGAAGAGGAUGGAAGGAAGAUGUUCAUGCAGAUGAACUUCUCCAUAUGAACAUAAUUAUAGCACCAUCUGAAGGAGUCGUAAUUAUUUGAUUAUAUCAGUAAUCAAUCAUACUUGAAGAAUGAUUGUGGUUUCCUUUAGUACUUGUUUUAAUUAAGUUUAUGAUUUAUUUAUUUGUACGCUGUAUCAUAUUCAAUAAAACUGUAUUUUUUAUCCUCCACUGUUGUUCCACAAUAAAAUAAAUCUUGAAUGUUUU